AUGGUUGUGAAGAAGAAGGUCAUGUUAUUCGAAAUUGUCCUCAGAAAAAGAAAAAAAAACAGUAUCGACGAAAUGAAAAUCAAGGAAAAUUUGACAAAUCAUCAAAGCACAAUGCAGCUCCUGCUCAUGGGGACACUGAUAAGAAUGAUGAUUCUGGCGCUGUUUUUUGCUGUUGGACUAAGUGUUAUGAAAGGAGGUGACUACUGGAUUAUCGACUCAGGCGCAUCUCAACACAUGACUUCAAGUCGUGAUCUAUUGAUGAACUAUCAAGAGUUUUUGGAGCCAGAACCAGUUGUUCUUGGAGAUUGUCGAUCUGUGCAUUCUUUGGGGACUGGUGAAAUGUCCAUUACUAUGCUGCUUGGCCCUAAAGAGAAAGAUGAACGAAAAUCAACUAUGACUAAAGUACUGUAUGUUCCCAAGUUAGCCGCAAAUCUAUUUAGUGCUUGGGCGGCAGUUAUGAAAGAAAAAGUGGUGCAAUUUGAACAUGCACUUUGCUGGAUCAAGGACUCUCAAGGAAAUGUUGUAGCGAGAGGUCGUCUUGUUGGCAACAUGUAUAGUCUGGACUGCAGAGUAGAAAGACAAGAAAAACAAGUGUCAGUUGCAGAGAGAUCAAGUGACAAACUAAAUCUGUGGCAUCAAAGGAUGGCUCAUUUGAACGCUGGCCAAAUGAAGACGAUGGUUUCAAGAGAGAUGGUAACAGGUACGGAUACGCCUAGAACCGGGAAGCUGGACUUCUGUGAAGCCUGUGCCGAAGGAAAAUCACAUCGAGCACCCUUCAAACCAGUGGGAGAAGUACAAUCAAAGAAACGAUUACAGCUUGUCACAGUGAUGUCGCUGGACCAAUGA